AUGGAGACUUUUUAUAAUGGCUUGAAUGCAGCUUCCCGAAUGGUGUUAGAUGCAUCAGCCAAUGGUGCUAUUUUGUCAAAGUCUUACAACGAAGCAUUUGAAAUUUUGGAGACCAUUGCAAGUAACAACUACCAAUGGUCCAACACAAGAACUCCAACAAGUAGAAAAGUGGCGGGGGUCCUUGAGGUAGAUGCAAUAACAGCUUUGACAGCUCAAAUGGCUUCCAUGACGAAUGUUUUGAAGAAUUUGAGCAUUGGGAACUCUAAAAAUAUUCAACCAGCUGCUGCCAUUCAAAGUGAUGAUGUCUCAUGUGUGUAUUGUGGAGAAGGGCAUGUGUUUGAGAAGUGUCCCUCUAAUCCGGAGUCCGUUUGUUACAUGGGAAAUCAGAAUUUUAAUAGAAACAAUGGGGCAUUCUCAAAUUCUUACAAUCAAGCAUGGAAGAAUCAUCCUAAUUUGUCUUGGGGGGGUCAAGGAGCAAGCUCAAGCACUGCACCAGCCCAAGGAAGACAAGCAUAUCCACCGGGUUUUUCACAACAGCCGCGACAUUCACAACAUGCUCAAAAUUCUCAACCGAGUUCUUUGGAGAGUCUAAUGCGGGAUUAUAUGGCCAAAAUUGAUGCGGUGAUACAAAGUCAAGUUGCCUCUCUUCGAAACUUAGAGUUGCAACUUGGACAUUUGGCCAAUGAAUUAAAAGCUAGGCCGCAAGGUUCUUUGCCUAGCGACACGAAAAAUCCAAGGAGGGAUGGGAAGGAACAAUGCAAAUCCAUUCAACUAAGGAGUGGCAAGCAUCCGAAAAAUUAUGAGGAGGAAAUAAAGGUUGAUACAGCAAAGGGUCAGCAACCUAACAGUCAGCAAUCCGCACUAGUAUGUUCUAGUCCUAAACCACCCCUUCCAUUUCCUCAAAGAUUUCGGAAACAACAACAAGAUGGGCAAUUCAAGAAGUUUUUAGAUGUGUUGAAGCAGCUCCAUAUCAAUAUUCCCUUGGUGGAAGCAUUGGAGCAAAUGCCGAAUUAUGUCAAGUUCUUAAAAGAUAUUUUGACGAAGAAAAGGAGGUUGGGGGAGUUUGAAACUGUAGCUCUCACCGAAGGAUGCAACGCCAUGUUGAAAAGUAAGAUUCCACCAAAGUUGAAGGAUCCGGGUAGUUUUACAAUCCCUUGUUCUAUUAGCGGACGGGAUGUUGGAAGAGCCUUAAGUGAUUUGGGUGCAAGCAUCAACCUCAUGCCUAUGUCGAUCUUUAAGAUGUUGGGUAUUGGUGAAGCACGUCCUACAACUGUUACAUUACAGCUUGCUGACAGGUCCAUGGCCCAUCCGGAAGGAAAAAUAGAAGAUGUUCUAGUACAGGUUGAUAAGUUCAUUUCUCCCGCUGAUUUCAUCAUCCUAGACUAUGAAGCUGAUAGAGAUGUGCCUAUUAUCUUGGGUCGACCAUUCCUUGCUACCGGUAGAAGUCUGAUUGAUGUGCAAAAUGGGGAGCUCACAAUGAGGGUGAAUGACAAAAGUCACUUUUAA